UGCGGAAGUUGCGAUGCACGUGACUGAUUGUAAUCUGAUGUGUGAGGCCAAGCUGUCAAGAAGCUAAUUGGUCGGCGGGCCAAAUGUAUUCAUCAACCUCCCUACUACGACCAAGGACGUAUUACCACUCCCAUGCAUAUAUGCUUCUCCCGGGCAUUGUCACUCCUCCCCGGCUUCCUUCCUCGAUUCAAUUAAUAGUGCCUUUCAUACUAUAACCCCGCUGUACCUAUUGCUUUGAAGGUUUGCUCGCGUGCGAUUGCCAAUUGUAAUCGACUGCGGGUUGCCUGGAAGAUCAAAGAGAUUGAUAGUGGCCAAUUGUUGUGUAGUCACAAUCCUGCCUCAUUACUGAAUAUCCACAGUAAUAACACCGGGGAUCAAAUAUGAAGCUGCCGGUGUCUCUCGCUCUUUACUUGACUGCGGUCAGUGCACAGUCGGUCAUAGAAAGUGUCAGCUUUGGGUAUGGAGAUAAGAUUUCUCAAAGCUCCGAUAGCAUCCCAGGAUGGGCUCUUAAGGGCGAAGGUCACCAGCCACGAGUUCUCUCUGACAAGCUCAUCCUCACACCACCUUAUCCCGGGCACACAAGAGGCUCUCUAUGGGCUGAGAAGCCUCUUUCAGAGUCUAGCUGGACUGCAGAGUUCCAGUUCAGAGCUACUGGUCAAGAGAGGGGUAGCGGUAACCUCCAAUUAUGGUACGUUAAGGACGGAGAGAGCCAGGUUAGCUCCUCAAGCAUCUAUACAGUGGGAAAAUUUGACGGAUUCGUUUUGACCUUUGAUACCCAUGGCGGACGGGGCGGAAGCGUUCGUGGCUUUUUAAACGACGGCUCGAUAGCUUACAACCAACACACCAAUGUCGACAGCCUAGCUUUCGGCCACUGUGAUUACCCAUAUCGCAACUUGGGACGUCCUUCUAUGAUUGAGAUCAAGCAGACUAGCAGCAUUUUCGAGGUUAUCGUGGACCAAAAAAUCUGUUUCCAGACGCCAAAAGUCGUUUUACCAUCAGGCAACGUCUUUGGAUUAACAGCUGCUACACCUGAUAACCCAGAUUCAUUCGAAAUCUUCAAAUUCCUCGUGACUCCGGGUCCCCAAACUUCUGGACAGACACAGCAGCAGCAACAAGUGCCAAUUCGGGCCACAACAAACAAUGAUGAAACUAAUUCGAUCAACUCCGGCGCACUCAACGAUAUAAACAACCGUCUCCAGCAGCUUGGCCAGGACGUUGCGCAACUUUCACAGCAGAGUGAUUCUCGUCACCAGGAGCUUCUCAAUAAAGUCGCGUUAGGCUCAUCAGGGUCGUCAGAUUCUUCGGACUCCUCUAGCUCAUCAUGGCAAAAUGACGCUCGUCUCAAUGAGGUAAAUGACCGUCUAAAACGUAUAGAGAACGCGUUGUCGGGUCUGCAGCGCGAUCUAGAAGGAAGGGACUAUCGAAACCAGUUUACACAACUUCAUAAAGCAAUCGAGACAUCUCACGUCAGCUUGACUGAGGCUUUACAAACUUCCAUUCUCAACAUGAUCACUGCUACAACGCCUCGCAUGGGACUCUUUAUCUGCGUCGUUAUUGCCUUCCAGCUCGUUCUUGCUGGGGUAUACAUUUUCUACAAACGCCGACGCAACAGCAUGCCGAAAAAAUUCCUAUGAAUGACCUAGCCGACGGUUCUCUAAGAAGAAUGAUGUGAUGAUUUACGCCAUUCGUAAAUCCCUUUUAGGUAUUAUUUUCAUGUUUCUUCUUGAUAUGUCUCUUUUCGGGUUGGAUAUCGGAUUUUAUAGCAUUGCCCACGUUACGCAAUUGGCUAGUUAUAUGUUACUUUUGUACAACAGUUAUCAUUUAGCCAUCAUGACAUCAAUCGAUGUACUAGUAGUCACUUCAGCUUGUACUGUAACUGUUUCAUACGUGCAUUGUCACUUAGGGGGGAGGGGUUCUUAGAGAGCUUUAUCUUUACCAUCAGUCGCAAAACUCUGGUCAAUCAAUG